AUGUAACCGUUGUGUCCGUGCUGCAGUGACGGUGGAGGGGAAGAUCUAUGCCUGUGGAGAGGCCACUAACGGCCGGUUGGGCCUGGGUCUCUCCAGCGGGACCAUCCCAAUCCCCCGCCAGAUCACUGCACUCAGUAACUACGUGGUGAAGAAAGUCGCAGUGCAUUCUGGGGGACGGCACGCCAUGGCGCUGACCGUGGACGGGAAAGUGUUCUCGUGGGGAGAGGGAGACGACGGCAAGCUGGGACACUUCAGCAGAAUGAACUGUGACAAGCCUCGGCUGAUCGAGGCUCUGAAGACGAAGCGUAUCCGGGACAUCGCCUGUGGCAGCUCGCACAGCGCCGCCAUCACCUCCAGCGGGGAGCUGUACAGCUGGGGCCUCGGGGAGUACGGCCGCCUCGGACACGGAGACAACACCACGCAGCUCAGGCCCAAACUGGUGAAAGUGCUUCUGGGACACAGAGUUAUCCAGGUGGCUUGUGGGAGCAGGGACGCUCAAACUCUGGCCCUCACUGAUGAAGGCUUGGUGUUCUCCUGGGGGGACGGGGACUUUGGGAAGCUGGGUCGUGGAGGCAGUGAAGGCUGCAACAUCCCCCAGAACAUCGAGAGGCUGAACGGACAGGCGGUCUGUCAGAUCGAGUGUGGAGCUCAGUUCUCUCUGGCACUCACCAAAUCUGGAGUGGUGUGGACCUGGUAAGAAGGAGGAUUUUUUAAAACGUUACAUUCAUU